AUGGAGCCCAUAUGGGUUCAAAUGUUCAGAGGAAAUAUUUCUGUGGGUAAUGAUCUUCCACUUAUUAUUGGUAAGUUCUGUAAUUUUCGUAUUCAGACUUGGGUCAUCAUUUCUUGUAAUUACUUUGGAAAUAGCGAGAUUCGUUGUAGGUAGUUCCUUCUUGAUCUGUUGCCCAAGCAUGGAUAUGGCAUUUGUUAUCUCUUGUGGUGUACUUUGUCUCACGUUGUUUGUACCGACAUGCAGAAUCAAAUGGUCGGGUGUACGGGCCAAAGUAGGUUUAACAUAAUAUUCCAUAUCACUUACCUUCGCACCUGGAAACGUCUUGAUUUGAGUGAACUCUUUCUCAGCCGGCUACAUUUUUCACGACAAGCGACAUUUUGAUUCAAUUGUUUUAUAACGUAAAUAUUUCAGCGCGUAUUCACCCCCCUUUAAAACAAAGAACACCAUUGAAAUCCUAACAAAAUAACCUUUUCAUCGGGGGGUUCAAUGCCGCCAAAACAAAUACACAAACCGAAACAAUCGUAUAUUUACUCACCGCUUGGCCAAACAUUCUGUAUUUUCAUAUGGAGAAAAAGUUGAAUAUCUUCUAAAGGCAUCUAAACUCUUCAGAAUUCGCCACAAGUUAAUAUGAGUGAAAUAUUCCUUGUAUUCAAGCGCUUUUAUGUAGAAAGUUUCGUUUGAAUACGGCGAGUAGAAAUGUUUAUUUUGAAUUUUUCAAAAUAUCGGGUUUCAUCGGGUUUUUUACUUGCACGCGCGUGCUGCACGUAAAAUUGGCCAAUAAGGAGUAACCCGUAGCCCAAUGCACGUGAAAAUCAUGCUGCAGAUGUAAUUUGACCUAUAGAAUCGAUUGCCGACGUUUUCCGAGCGCUAGGAUGUAAACACGCGAUGUUUUCGCAAAUCUAAAGUGUAUUUCCGGUCGAAAAUAUCCCGCUGACUUCACUAGUAUCACAACAGAUUGAAAUACCGAAAUAAAAGACGAAAGACUAAUCCUACAAGCUUGAAAAUAACACUUUAAAUAGUGUUUUAGAUUCUGGUUCGAAUAAGACUAUAGCGAAAACGAUAUCUUCAAAGGGGCCAAAGUUAUGUUCGGCGAAAGGUAUGGAUAGUUUACAUUUUUCGAGACAAUUGAUUAAUAUAAUGAAAUAUGACACCGCAUGACCUCUCAAAAGGUCAUAAAUAGUUAUACAAUUUCACUAAAACUAUAUUUAAAUAAAACUAUCGAUAGGAAUUAGGAGAUAUUGUUUCACUGAAUCGAAUGGUGGUAUUUUCAUCUACAUAGCAUGCACCAAACCGAAGAUAUGAAUCGGCGAAGUCAUAGACCGUGCCAUAGAUCGUGCACGGUCUACGUUUAUAGGGACCCGCUGAGAAAGAGUUAACUAGCUAUUACAACUAUUUUACUGCCCAUUAUAAUGUUCGUAGUCUGCGCACAGACUGUCUCUUCCCCCCCGUGGUGGAAGGAUUACAGUCUGCGACCAUUUGUCACUAAUGCUGUACAGUGACGUAGACGUAUAAAUAGAUAUAAUAUUGUGCACUUCAGCACUUUAAUGGCUUUCUAAUUUUAUUAUCCAAUCAGGUGCGUUACUUUAAAUAAAACUUAUAUUAUGUAAACAAGGUCAAUAGACAAUAGACAAGGUCAAGCAAAACAAUACAACGAAAUCGAAAUAUAAACUCGCAAAAAAUAUGCCAGUUUUGUAAAUUCUACCAAAUUUAUUCAUCCCAAAAGAUUAAAUGCUCUUUUGUGUGGUAAUGUCUUUCCUAACAGCACCCAGAAACAUAAUGUAAUCGGUAAAACCGGUAUACUUGUCUCGAAAUUAGCUAAGCAAAUUUAUGCAAGUAUAAUUUUGAAACGAACCAAUGAAAAACUGCCGAUCAUAUUUCGUCGGUAGCUGUACGGCAUUAGCGUCGAAUGACAGCAGACUGUACUCCCGCGCGGGAGCGGGAUGCAGUCUGCGAGCAGACUAUAAUGUUCGCUGCCUUCGAAUAAUGAUGCAUGUAAAUUAAGAAGUUUUUAUAUAAAACUGUUUCAGGACCUCCUCCGCCACCUGCUGGACUUAAAGAGACUGGUAAAACAGAUACUAAUAUUGACAUCCGAUGGGAAAAACCAAAAGGCCACAGCGCAUUCGACAUUGAUGGAUACAUGGUUAGUCACAAAACCGACGCCGAAACAAAAUACAAGAACCAGAUGAUUUCGGCGACAUCGGGGGUGUUAAAUGUAGUAUUAACUGGUCUCGAGAGUGAUACAAUUUACGAGAUUACUGUUCAUGCUUAUAAUGAUGAUGGCGAUGGAGAUAAACUUAAAAUACAAGUCAAAACGGAAAAACCUGAUGAUUCAAGUAAGUGUCCUGAAUGCUUAAAAACCUCUAAGGAAAUUAUGUUUGUCUUGUCAAUUGCGUGCAGUACGUUUAAUCAUGACACCAAUCACGGCUAACCUUAUUUGACGCGAAACAAGAUGAAAAAACGAAUUUCGUCUUUCGACAAUAUAAGCGCGUCGCCAUAUUGAAUCAAAAUGCCAUUUUCUUUACAGCUUCAAAAAUUUAGUGAGCAUUUAAUAAUAAUAAAAUAAUAACUAAUAACUAAUAAUAACUAAUUUAAAAACAAUUUGCCAUUUCAAGACUAUUUGCAAUUGUCGUAAUAAUGACUAAUUAAUAAUAAUAUACCAAUAGGAAUGUGUCAAUUUACUGAGCCAAUGAGUUGGUAUCAGAGGCGUAGCCAGGGCUGGGGCCGGAGGGUCCGGCCCCCCCUGGCAAAAUUUCCCCCCCCCCCCUUGGCAAAAUUUUGCCCCUCAUAAAAUGUAUUGUACUGGUAAUGGUACCUGCAAGGUAGGGAUUGUUGCGGGCAUCAAGAGCAAAUAGAACUAACAAUAGUACAAAUUAUAUAAAGCAUGCAGUUAUUACUCGCAGCGAGCAGGAGACUUGUGAGCACUGUGGUCGGAGCAUAAGGAAUACGGAAUCGAUUCAUGCCAUGAGUGUCUGAGAAAAAGCAAUGGCCAAUGCAUUUGUCGCCAAGACUAUGCACGGGUUCAAGAGCAAUCACAGAUUACAGAUAGGCGUGUUAAUAUUAAUGUUAAUGGAAGUAAUAUUCACUAAAUCAUAAGCAAGAAUUAUAUAAUAUUUUCAAGAUCAAGUGGAAUUUGUUGAAUUUAAUUAAUACGCGCUGCUUUAGUACGCGUAUAAAUACAAACGACAAAGCAUUCUUAUUAAGACGUACAGUUAAAUUAUAUAACACAAGUUUUUGCUAUCUGUUUUCAUAUUAUUAAGUCUAAUACUGCUAGGCGCACUUACUACAUUGUUUACACAGUAUUUAACUAAGAAACCAAAACUUUAUAAUAAAUUAAGAUAUAGAACUUACAGUAGCCAAAGUCCAUUGAGUGAACAACGCACGAAGUGCAGUCACGUUAUUUUAUACACUAAAUUAUGAUGGCCUUUACAAGGCUUAUAACGUUACUAAACCUUACGCCGAGUGCCUGAGUCAAAAUAAUUUACAAGUCGAAGCAAGCAAAACAAUUAACAAUUAUUCGCCGAAGGCGAGGUGAUUAUCGGGGAAUAUUCGCCGAGACGAAGUCGAGGUGAAUAUUCCCCGAUAAUCACCGAGCCUGAGGCAAAUAAUUGUUUUAGUAGCUUUGCACAAGUUUUUUUUGUGUUUUUCUUGUCUGAAUUCAUUUUAAUUUCGCUAUUUCUUUAUCACUAACCUCAACAAAACGGCUAGCCGCCAUUUUGAAAAUUUCGAUUUUGUUAUAUUCACCUGCAUGCAUGUAGGUGAAUAUAACAGAUUUAAUACGUCAAAUUUGACCAAUCACCUUGUAGGGUUUGUUAUGUCCACUUAAACGAUAUCCUUCAAAUACGCCUCAAAUAUUGUAUGUCGACCACAAUACAAUUGGCUAACUAAAAUUUACUUCAAAACCCUCUCUCUGCGCAUAUUAGAACGCUGCUAUGCUCGCUCGCUUCAGGCUCGCCCGUUACGCAGCAAUAAGAAAGUGAAUCCUUGAUUAUAUAGCUUCAAGUUGAGACCCGUCGGAAAAUUGUCAAUGUUGUCGGAAUCUUUGUGGUGAAGCAUCGGAAAAAGUGAUAUGGAAAUCGGGAAAAGUGCUACGAAAGCAAUUGUGAUGUCCGGAAAAUUUUUUUACCAAAAAAGGUGUCGACGGGGUUGGUCGGAGAGAUUUAAAAUGUUGUCGUCCGGGAAUUUUUUGGCCCCACCUGGGUUUUUGCUGGCCCCCCUGACCAAAAAUCCUGGCUACGCCUCUGGUUGGUAUGACCACUGUUUGCGAAUCAGAAAAUGGGAAUCUUUUUAAUUGUUAAAUAAUAUUUUAGAUUAACCAUUAAAUUUGAAAUUAUUUUCACAGCUACGGUGGUUAUUGUUGUUGUUGUUGUUGUCAUCGCGAUCGUGCUACUUCUUAUCGUUGCCAUGGUAGUUUUCUUUUUUCUCAGGAAACGAAGACAUCGGUAUGAGGUAUGUUGAAAAUUCUAAUAUUCACAUGGCCUUGGUAAACAAUGAAGGGUUGAAUGAGAAAAUGAAAACUUGAUUUAUACAGACGAC